UCUCUCUCCAUACUAGUAUUCUCCAAAGGCCAAUGCUUUAGAGAGAGAAAGCAAGAAAUAGUGCCUUAAAGCUUUGAUCUUUGGUUUGCUCUCUGCUCUGCUGCUGUGCGCUGUGCCAAUGGAGAGGCACAAAUGCAAGCUCUGCGCUAGGACUUUUGCUAAUGGCAGAGCAUUGGGUGGACACAUGAAGGCUCACUUGGCCACUCUUCCUCUUCCCCCAAAGACCCAGCAACUCACUGAGUCAGCCUCGUCUUCAUCUUCAUCCUCAGGUGAAGAACCAGAACCAGAACCAGAACAAGAACAGCAACUACAGGAAGGAGAAGAAGAAGAAAAGGGUUUGGUGUAUGGGUUGAGAGAGAACCCAAAGAGGAGUUUCAGGCUUGCAGAUCCUGAGUUCUCUUUUGCAGUUGAUGCUGGCUCUGUCAUUCAAGACAGAGAGAGCGAGACCGAGUCAAAAAACCCAACUCGGAGACGAUCCAAGCGGAAUCGGAGAUCAUUUGUUGUUGUUACAGAGAAUCAGAGGCAGCAGCAGCAGCAGCAGAGCCAGAAAUUGGAGUUGCAGAAAAAACCCAUGUUGACAAAUUCAACACAACCCAGUUUGGCUGAGUCAAUGGGCUCGGUCUCUGAUACUUCUCCUGAAGAAGACGUUGCUAUGUGUCUUAUGAUGCUCUCAAGAGAUGUAUGGAUGAGAAGAACAAAUGAUCAGCAGCAAGCAGAUCAAUCAGACCAAGAUCAAGAACAUGGUAAGCAAGCAGUGGAGAAAUUGGAGGGGAUCAAAUUGAAGAAAGUUCGAGGCAAGAAUCGGUGCGAGAAAUGCAGCAAGCUGUUUCGAUCUUAUCAAGCAAUGUGCGGACAUAAAAAAAUUUGCUUUCGCAACGAAGACGAAGCAAUCAACAAUGCAGGUGGUGAGAAGCUAUUUGAGUGCCCGUUUUGUUGCAAAAUUUUUGGUUCUGGCCAAGCUCUUGGUGGCCACAAAAGAUCUCACCUUUCGGGCUCUUCAAGAUCAAUGGCUGCUGGAAAAACUGAAGUUCGAGAGAGUUUCAUAGAUCUCAACCUGCCAGCUCCUCAGGAAGAAGAUGAUUUUAGCGUGCUAUCUGAUGCUUGAAUUGAAACUGUAAAAAAGUAACAGACUUUUCCACCAAAACCUGGAUCCAAGGUAAAAAAAAACAGAAUUUGAUUGUUUUGAGCAAUGAGAUCAAAUGGGUGAAAACUGAAACUCUUUUUUCAGUUUUUCAUUCAAAGAUCAAAAACCAAAUAUUGUUCUUUUCAGCUAUUGGGAAUUGUUCAUUUUCUUGACCAUUAUUCAUUUGUUUCUGUACUUUGAAGUUCAACAACUGUUUGGUCAAGUUCCAACUGCAGUAACAACUUGUUAUGUAUUUGUUGUUGACUAGAAUACAGUGACUAAAAUACAGAAAGUUGAAUUGUUUUU